AGCUGAAACAUUUUAUAACCCAUUGGGAAUAGAAUCAGAAUGCCGACUUCAAACAGCGGCUCGAAUAAUGUGUUUGAGGAGAUUGCUCUUGACGUGGACCACUCCAACGAUAAUGAUGUAACCACACGACAAACUUCAGUAAAUGAUCCACAAAAAGGAUCGAUCACUAUGGUGAAAGUAACUGGAAUCCUAAUGAUUUGCGCCAUCAUUGUUCUUGUGAUUAUUCUUCCCGUAUAUUUUGAAGUAAUUGUUCCAAACCAAAACAAAGGCAAUGCUGUUGUCAUUACAACAACAACUCCUGUAAAACCCGAACCCACCGAAACGACGCCACACACAGGCGAUGACGAGAAAAACCGUUUCGAUUGCUUUCCUGAGGGUGGUGCAACCAUAGAAACUUGCCAGCAACGAGGAUGCAUAUGGCUACCCCCGACUGUGGACACUGCUGCUCCUUCUUGCUUUUACUCCGGAAAAGAUGGUUAUUCCAUCAUAGAAGUGCUUGAGGUUACGAGUACAGGAUUGUCGCAAAGAAUCGGGAAAUCGAAAACGGCAGCUUCACCUUAUGGGGAGGAAUUCGAUGAAUUAUUGGUUACUUAUACCAGAGUUUCAAACAAUAAACUGCGUAUUACGAUUGCACCAACUUCUGUAAAGAGAUUUGAAAUCCCAUGGACCCACGAAAGUGCUUCAAACACUCCAGUGCAAGAUACUUUAUAUGAUGUACAAUUUACUUCAACAAAUGGCUUGUUUGGGAUACAAGUUACAAGAAAAAGCACAAAUGCAAUUUUAUUUGACACCACUGUUGGUCGUAUGAUGUUUUCUGACCAAUUUCUUCAAAUUUCCACAAAACUUGCAUCUGAGUAUGUGUAUGGCUUCGGAGAGCAUAUGCAUGAAUCGUUCAAGCAUGACAUGUCAUGGAAAACUUACGGAAUGUUUUCGAGAGACCAGGGUGUUGGGCCGAAUGCAAACUUAUAUGGAGUCCAUCCUUUCCAUAUGUGUAUGGAGGGAGACGGGAAUGCUCAUGGAAUAUUAUUUCUUAACAGCAAUGCACAAGAUGUGACCAUGCAGCCUACACCUGCACUAACAUACAGAUCUGUUGGUGGUAUCAUGGACUUUUAUAUCUUUGUUGGUCCUGAACCCGAGUCUGUUGUCUCUCAGUACACUGAAACUAUCGGCAGGCCAUACAUGCCACCUAUGUGGGCGCUAGGAUUCCAGCUGUGUAGAUAUGGGUAUGGGAGCUUGGAUAAAUUGAAAAAGGUGGUGGACAGAAUGCUGGAUUCAGAGAUACCUUAUGAUGUUCAAUACACUGACAUUGACUACAUGGAUAGACAACUAGAUUUUACAAUCAAUGCAACAACAUAUGCUGGGUUGGAAGAUUUUGCAAGAGAUUUAAAAUCCACACAUAAAAUGAAGUACAUUAUUAUUUUCGACCCUGCUAUUAGUGGUAACGAAACUGCUGGCACUUAUCCACCAUUUGAUCUGGGAAAGCAACAGAAUGUCUUUAUUCAAAAUCCAGAUGGGGAAAUUGCAUUCGGGAAAGUGUGGCCUGAUUUGCCAGGGAUUUAUAUUAAUACAACUUGGGGUUGGGAUGAUCAAACUGCUACAUUCCGAGCUCAUGCAGCUUUCCCUGACUAUUUCAACCCAGUUACAAUUCAAUGGUGGUCAGAUCUUACUGUGGAUUUCCAUAAAAGACUUGAAUUUGAUGGGCUUUGGAUUGACAUGAACGAGCCUGCAAGUUUUGUUCACGGUUCACCGAACGGUUGCCCCGACAACAAGUGGGACAACCCGUUGCCCUACCAUCCAGCUAUACUGGGAAACGACUUGUUCGAAAAAACGACCUGCAUGUCUAACUUACAAUACAACCCACAAACCCAGGAAUUAGAUGUACAUUACAACAUGCAUAGUUUGUAUGGCUGGAGUCAAACCAAACCUACCCUGGAUGCUUGUAGGUUAUCAACUGGUAAACGGUGCAUGGUGAUCAGCAGAUCAACUUUUCCAGGCAGUGGGAAAUACACAGGGCAUUGGUUGGGUGACAAUACAAGCUUAUGGUCUCAUCUUAGAGCUUCUAUAAUAGGGAUGCUUGAAUUCAACUUGUUUGGAAUUCCUUAUAUUGGUGCCGAUAUAUGCGGCUUCUUCCAAGACACUACAGAAGAACUUUGCAUGCGAUGGAUGCAACUUGGUGCCUUCUAUCCAUUUAGUAGAAACCAUAACGGACUCGGAUCUAAAGACCAAGACCCUGCUGCUUUUGGGCCAGAGUUCAUUGCUGCUUCUAAGAAAGUGCUUGAGAUCAGAUAUUCAAUACUUCCUUACUUUUAUACUUUGUUUUACGACGCACACACUACAGGAAGCACAGUCAUCAGAUCUUUACUAGCGGAGUUUCCAACAGACAUCACGACUUACACGAUUGAAACACAAUUUUUACUUGGAGGCAACAUUUUAAUAUCACCAGUUCUACAUGAAGGGGAAGAUUCAGUGAAAGCUUAUGUACCUGAUGCAACGUGGUAUGAUUACUACACAGGUGCCAAGUUAGCAACUGGAUUGAGGAAAACCUUCACUUACUUCCAUGCACCAUGGGAUUAUAUUCCUAUUCACAUAAAAGGUGGAAGCAUCAUUCCUACACAGACCCCAGCACGUACCACUGAGUUACAAAGAUCUAACGGACUUGGGAUUAUUUACGCUAUUGGUGACUCUCUAUCACAAGCAAGUGGCCAUUUAUUUUGGGAUGACUGGGAUUCAAUUGACGACUUUGAAAACGGGGUUUACUUGAUGUUAAGGUUUAGUGGAGACCAGGAGAGUUUAUCAUCCAUGGUUGAACAUAAUGAAUACCCAGAUGCUGAUUCGUCAAUAUUUGAUCAUAUAACUGUGAUGGGUGUUCACGGUGAGCAAGUAUCACGCGUGAUCGUGAAUGGAGUCAGGCACUCACAAUUUACAUUUGAUGGCAACACAAAGAUGCUUCAAAUCACUGGGUUGAACUUACAACUUACAACUGAAUGGACAAUAGUAUGGGAUACCAACCAAUAUGCCGACAGGUUCAACUGUCAUCCUGAAUCAUCAAUCAAAGCCACCCAACUACGUUGUUUAAAUCGUGGAUGUCUAUGGCAUGCAGUAUCAAUACCAGGAGUUCCCCCAUGUUACUACCCUGCUAACUAUGGAGCUUAUAAGAAAGACACAGCUCCUAUGAGCACUACAGCUGGUGAAGAGUUAUAUCUUGAACGUUGGAAUCUUCCUGAGUUUUUUGAGAGGUCAGUUCAAAGGUUAAAGGUCGAAGUUGAAGAACAUUCCGAAUAUCAACUUAGGAUUAAGAUAAGUGACGCUAACAAUCCAAGAUACGAGGUACCGAUGACACUAGGGGGGGUGAAUCCCACCAAACCGAGCGAACCUUUGUACGAAGUUAUUUACCAAGAUCAACCAUUCGCAUUUAAAGUAGUGAGAAGGUCAACACGCGAAGUUAUAAUGGACACAAAUGUUGGUGGAUUUAUAUUUGAAGAUCAAUUUAUUCAAAUAUCAACAAAAGCUGCCACAGAUUACCUUUAUGGACUCGGUGAAGCGGAACAUGCGAACCAUAAACAUGAUUUCUAUUGGACCAAGGAAACCUUACAUGCAAAAGAUGAAGGGGUUAAGCAAAAUGCAAAUCUUUAUGGUUACCACCCUUUCCAUCUUACCAUGGAAAAGCAAGGCAGUGCGCAUGGGGUUCUUCUGCUUAACAGCAAUGCUAUGGAGGUGGAGUUGACACCUUUGCCUUCAAUUACUUACCGUACAAUCGGUGGAAUUUUGGACUUUUAUCUUUUCCUUGGACCAACACCCAAUGAAGUGGUGCAACAAUAUAGUUCAGCUGUUGGGAAACCAAUGCAACCCCCUUACUGGGCACUUGGGUUCCAACUAUGUAAGUAUGGAUAUGGGAACAUGAAUGAACUGAGAACAGUGGUGGAUGGGAUGAGGAAUUACCAAAUACCAUACGACGUGCAAUAUGGUGAUAUUGACUACAUGGAUAGACAACUUGACUUCACUAUUGAUCCAAUCAACUAUCCUAAUCUACCUACAUUUGUUAACACUAUGAGAGAGGAUUAUAAAAUGAGAUAUGUCGUUAUACUGGACCCAGCUAUCAGUGCAAAUGAGACCGACCCAUACCCCUCAUAUACAGAUGGUAUGAUUGCCGAUAUAUUUAUUCGGCAAAAUGAUGGGGAGCUCGCUUAUGGCCUCGUGUGGCCGGAUGUUCCUGGGACUUUGUGGGAGGAUUCUACUUUGGAAACUCGUGCCCAUGUUUUGUUCCCUGACUUCUUCAACCCCACCACUAAACAAUGGUGGACAGAUAAUAUCGCUCGCUUUUAUAACGAGAUCAAAUUUGAUGGUUUAUGGAUUGAUAUGAAUGAACCUGCUAACUUUGUCAAUGGUAGUUUGGGAGUUGGUUGUCCAGCUGCAAAUAAAUAUGAUCAUCCUCCUUAUUUGCCUGGUAUCAUUGGGGACACUUUGUACACAAAGACACUGUGUAUGUCAUCCAAACAAUAUAACCCAAGUACAGGUACAGUGGACCAACUUCAUUAUAAUGUACAUAGUAUGUAUGGAUGGUCACAAGCACAACCAACCAAAGAGGCAUGCCAGGCAGCUACUGGUAAAAGAUGUUAUGUGAUAAGUAGAUCUACAUACCCUGGUGCUGGAGCACAUACAGGUCAUUGGUUGGGAGAUAAUGAAAGUAAAUGGUCUCACAUGAAAGCUUCUAUCAUUGGCAUGUUUGAAUUUACUUUGUUUGGCUUCUCAUAUACCGGAGCGGAUAUUUGUGGCUUUUUCGAAGAUGCUGAAGAAGAGAUGUGUUUAAGGUGGAGUCAGCUUGGUGCGUUCUAUCCAUUCAGUAGAAAUCAUGCCAUGCUUGGUACUAAGAGACAAGACCCAGCAUCUUGGGGAGCAGAGUUUGCUGCUUCAGUGAAGAAGGUUCUAGAAACAAGAUACACACUACUACCUUACCUUUAUACCUUGUUCUAUCAUAGCCAUACUAGGGGUGACUCGGUUGUUAGGCCUCUUAUGCAUGAAUUCCCCACUGAUUCAAAUACAUGGGAAAUAGACACUCAGUUCUUAUGGGGACCUGCCUUGUUAAUAACACCUGUGUUGGAACAAGGCAAGUUAACUGUAGAUGGUUAUAUGGCUGAUACAAGAUGGUUUGAUUAUUACAGUGGUGCUGAAGUAGCUCAACGUAAAGCCACAGUCACAUUACCAGCACCUAUGGACCAUAUUAACUUACAUGUUAGAGGAGGAUAUAUACUUCCUACACAAGAACCAGCUGUUACCACUUAUUAUAGCCGACAGAAUGAUUUUGGAUUAUUGGUAGCGCUUGAUGAUAAUAUGAAAGCAAGUGGUGAUUUGUAUUGGGAUGAUGGGGAAUCACAAAAUGCUGUUAUCGAUAAAUUCUUCACAUAUUCUACGAUUACAUGCGAAGGGAAUGUGUUAGAAAAUCGAAUUAUCACUGAUGGCAGUUCCAACAUGACAUUAGGCUCAAUAGUUAUUAUGGGUUUAAAAGAUGAUGUAACACAAGUGUUUAUGAGGGAUCAGCCUUUGUCCAAGUCACAAUACACACAAGAUAGCACAACUAAAAAGCUUACCAUAUUAGUAAAGUUAUCCCUCCAUGAAGAGUUCAUGGUAAGAUGGGAAGUUAACAAUGAAUGGGCACGUAUCGCGUGUAUGCUGGAUCUUCAGGAAGGAAAAGUUGAAAAUCGUGCGGACUGUGAAACAAGAGGUUGUGUGUGGAGGCUCUCUACCACACCUGGUGUCCCAUCUUGUUUCCAUGACAACACAAACAACCAUGGAUAUACUACUUCUCAAGCAAGUAGUCCAGCAGGGCUUCUAAUAUAUGACCUGGUAAGGAAAGCCAAACCAACCAUAUAUGGUGGGGAUGUGAAUAAUUUAAAACUCAAUGUGGAAUAUCAAACUGAUAACAGACUUCAUUUCAAGCUUACUGAUCCAAGUUCUCAUCGAUGGGAAAUCCCCCAAGCUGCAGUAAACAUACCAACCACUAUUAGUUCAGAUGCUACAAGUUCUAAGGUGGUUGUUGAUGUCACAAAUGAUCCUUUCUCUAUUAAAGUUACAAGGAAAGAUAAUUCUGAAGUUAUAUUUGAUUCAAGUGUGGGACCUCUCAUAUACUCUGAUCAGUUUCUACAAAUCUCGACAACUUUACCUUCUUUGAAUGUGUAUGGCUUUGGAGAGCAUAAUCAUAAGAGAUACAGACACGACUUGAACUGGCGUCGUUGGGGAAUAUUUACACGAGAUGUUGCACCAGUAGAUGAUUGGAACUUGUAUGGCCACCACACCUUCUAUAUGGCACUGCAUAAGGAUGGCAAAGCUUAUGGGGUUUAUCUACAUAACUCUAAUGCCAUGGACAUUCUCCUUCAACCAACACCUGCCGUCACAUAUCGUGUCACUGGUGGUGUGUUGGAUUUCUAUUUGUUUGUUGGAGAUUCUCCUGAAGCAUUGGUGCAAGAGUAUCACAAAAUAAUCGGCUUUCCCAUCUUACCCCCUUAUUGGGGCCUUGGGUUCCAAUUAUCGCGAUGGAAUUACGGGAGUUUAGAUCGGGUUAAAGAAGUUGUUCAAGAAAUGAGAGACGCACGAAUACCAUUCGAUAUACAGUAUGGAGACAUUGAUUACAUGGAUGCGAAAAAAGAUUUUACGUAUGAUCCAGUUAAAUAUGCUGGUCUACCUGCAUAUGUGGAUCAACUGCAUGAUUGGGGCAUGAGAUAUGUCAUAAUAUUGGACCCUGGGAUUAAAAUCGAGCCCGGAUACAAAGCUUAUGAUGAAGGAAUGCAGCAAGAUAUCUUCAUGAAAAAUCCUGAUGGCACAUCACCUGUGUUAACAGAGGUUUGGCCAGGCGAUACUUAUCACCCUGACUUCACCCACUCUGCUGCCUCCCAGUGGUGGACGGAUCAGUGUCGGGAUUUCCAUGACAACCAAGGAGUUCAUUUUGAUGCAUUGUGGAUUGAUAUGAAUGAACCUGCCAACUUUCAAACUGAUGAUCCAACCAAGCGAGAACUUAUGAACUGCACAGGAAUAUAUAACUUUCCACCUUAUCUACCACGUAUCCUUGGUUAUUGGGUUGGUAUGUAUGAUAAGACGUUCUGUAUGGAUAAUAUACAGGAGUGGGGACUUCAUUAUAAUGUACAUAGUUUAUAUGGGCACACCAUGUCACAAGCUACAUAUAGGACAUUGGAGGAUUUAUUUCCUGACAAACGCAGCUUCACUUUCUCACGUUCAACAUUCGCCGGCUCGGGUAAAUACAGUGGUCACUGGCUUGGUGACAACCAGAGUUUGUGGCCACAGAUGGCUUGGCCGAUACCUGGAAUGUUUGAGUUCAAUUUGUUUGGAUUCCCAUAUAUAGGUGCCGAUAUUUGUGGCUUCUGGUUCAACACAACCACUGAGAUGUGCACAAGAUGGACGCAAGUUGGUGCGUUCUACCCCUUCAGUAGAAACCAUAACGGGGCAGGAAUGAACCCACAACACCCAACAGCGUUUGGCACCGAUUUCAGCGACAUGGCUCGAGAUGUAUUACAAACAAGAUAUCAGAUACUACCAUAUAUGUAUACAUUGUUUAGUAAUGUACAUGCUAAUGGAGGAACUGUGGUUAGAGCUUUAUUACAUGAAUUCCCAUCCAACCCACAAACAUGGAACUUGGAUCGAAUGUUUUUACUCGGACCUGCCUUCCUCGUUACACCAGUGUUAGAUGAAGGUGAAGUUGAAGUAACUGGGUAUUUCCCACAACAAUCAAGAUGGUUUGAUUUUAGAACGGGAAUGGAGCAAGUAACUGGGAAGUUCCUUACCUUGGAUGCUCCCAUGGAUUAUAUCAACCUCCAUGUAAGAGGGGGGUACAUACUUCCUAUGCAGGGACCUGAUGUCACCACCACAUUAAGUCGUAAGAAGCCAAUGGAAAUCCUUGUUGCCCUUGACGACAGCCAAUCAGCAGCUGGGGAAUUAUACUGGGAUGAUGGGGAGGCAAGAAAUGUCGGGGAGAAUUUUACGAGAAUUGAAUUUAAAUUUGGAUUGAAUGUACUGAAUUUUACUGUGGUUCACCAAGCUGAAUAUCUACCAGAGUUGGACUAUUUAUACAUUGAUAAACUAACCGUGUAUGGAUUACUUAGUGAACCUUCAACGAUAACAUGCGAUGGCAACGAUGAAGCUUCAUUUUCUUGGGAAAGUGUUAGAAAUAAGCUUUUUUUGAACCUGUUUUCCACUCUUAAUUUAACAGAUGAUCAUCAGUGUGUUUUUACUUUUUAAAAUCAACAAUAAACUACAUAUUAAGCUUUUUUUAUAAAAAUAUUAAACUAAAAAUGAUAAUAAUUUAUGGUAACUCAUUUUGUUAUGCACUGACAUUUUUUUAAACUGCUUUUUUAAUUCUUUCAUUCCAUUUGUUAAAUUAAAUCAGUGUUUAAUUU